GGCCACGCGCAGCGGCAGCGGUUGUUCCGCUUCCCCUCCGGCCCGGGCCGUCGCCAUUGCCGAAGGCUCCUGCCCUCCCCUCCCUGGCCCAAGGGGCUCCGCGCCUCACGGCCUCGGUAGCGACGGCCGCGCCCCGAGCCGCUCCCCUCUGCCCUGCCCUCCUCCCUCUCUGCCGCCCAGCUCUGCGCUCGCCCGCGUCGUCCCGGCAGCCCGCCCCGGGUCGGGUGGAGACCUUCCCUCUCUGGCCAUUUCAUAAUUCUGAAUCAUCAUGUCUGAUAACGGAGAACUAGAAGACAAGCCUCCAGCACCUCCUGUGCGAAUGAGCAGUACCAUUUUUAGCACCGGAGGAAAAGAUCCUUUAUCGGCCAAUCACAGUUUGAAACCUUUGCCUUCUGUUCCAGAGGAAAAGAAACCCAGGAACAAAAUUAUCUCCAUAUUCUCAGGCACAGAAAAAGGAAGUAAAAAGAAAGAAAAAGAACGGCCAGAGAUUUCUCCUCCAUCUGAUUUUGAACACACCAUCCAUGUUGGCUUUGAUGCUGUUACUGGAGAGUUCACUGGCAUGCCGGAACAGUGGGCGAGACUGCUGCAGACCUCCAACAUUACCAAACUGGAGCAGAAGAAGAACCCUCAGGCUGUGCUGGACGUCUUGAAGUUCUACGACUCCAACACUGUGAAGCAGAAGUACUUGAGCUUCACUCCUCCUGAGAAAGAUGGCUUCCCUUCUGGAACACCAGCACUGAAUACCAAGGGAUCAGAAACAUCAGCAGUAGUAACAGAGGAAGACGAUGAUGAUGAAGAUGCUGCUCCUCCUGUCAUUGCCCCUCGGCCAGAUCAUACAAAAUCAAUUUACACACGGUCUGUCAUUGACCCUAUUCCUGCUCCAGUUGGUGAUUCUAAUGUUGAUGGUGGUGCCAAGUCUUCAGACAAACAGAAAAAGAAAGCCAAGAUGACAGAUGAAGAGAUUAUGGAGAAAUUAAGAACUAUUGUGAGCAUAGGUGAUCCUAAGAAAAAAUACACAAGAUAUGAAAAAAUUGGACAAGGGGCUUCAGGUACAGUUUUUACUGCAACUGAUGUAGCACUGGGGCAAGAGGUUGCUAUUAAGCAGAUUAACUUACAGAAACAACCAAAGAAGGAAUUGAUCAUUAAUGAAAUUCUGGUGAUGAAAGAAUUAAAGAAUCCAAACAUAGUCAACUUCUUGGACAGUUACCUGGUAGGAGAUGAGUUGUUUGUGGUGAUGGAGUACCUUGCUGGUGGCUCACUCACUGAUGUUGUAACAGAAACCUGCAUGGACGAAGCGCAGAUUGCAGCUGUGUGCAGAGAGUGUUUACAGGCCUUGGAGUUUUUACAUGCUAAUCAAGUGAUCCACAGAGACAUCAAAAGUGACAAUGUGCUUUUGGGAAUGGAAGGCUCAGUUAAACUUACUGACUUUGGCUUCUGUGCCCAGAUCACCCCUGAGCAGAGCAAACGCAGUACUAUGGUUGGAACGCCGUACUGGAUGGCACCAGAGGUGGUUACACGAAAAGCCUAUGGCCCCAAAGUUGAUAUAUGGUCUCUGGGCAUCAUGGCUAUCGAGAUGGUUGAAGGAGAGCCGCCAUACCUCAAUGAAAAUCCUCUGAGGGCUUUGUACCUGAUAGCAACAAAUGGAACUCCUGAACUUCAGAAUCCAGAAAAACUUUCUCCAAUAUUUCGGGAUUUCUUAAACCGGUGUUUGGAGAUGGAUGUGGAGAAAAGGGGUUCAGCCAAAGAACUGUUACAGCAUCCGUUCCUGAAACUGGCCAAACCAUUAUCUAGCUUGACGCCACUGAUCCUGGCAGCUAAAGAAGCCAUGAAGAGUAAUCGCUAACGCCAUCACUGAGGCCUUGUAUUCUUUUAUCAAUUUUCUAAAAGAAGUUUUUUAAAACAUGAAAUUUUUACUCUGAGAGAUGUAAAGAGACAGUCUGCAUCACAAGGAGAAAAACAAGCCAACUUCUAUUUUCUAAAGAUGACCAAGAAAAAAAUUACAGUAAGAGAAUUAUGACUUCCAGAUGAGCCCCUGCUUUAGGGUCCAAAAGGAAUUGUGGACUGCCUCGCUAGCCUUCCAUUUCAGCAGAUAGCGCUUGCCGUGCGCAUACUGUGUGGUGUCUGCCACUGCAGUAGAUCCUGUCUGUUGUCUCCUUUGGGAUACUUCCAUACUUGAAUGUCAGAUUCGAGUUUUUCUGAGUAUUUCUUAAUCUGCUGGUCUCACCUCCCCUUUGUAGCCCUUCCCUCCCUCUGCUCUGAUCCUCUGGAGUUGUUGCCUAAAUUGAAGGCAAGUGUGACAGAAAUUAUGUAGCUCUUUAUAUUGGCCAAGGAGCUUGACAUGUUGUGAUUUUUUAUAGAAGUUAGGACCAGCGUUGUACAUGUAUUUUAGUCUAGAGCUUAAACUGAAGGGGAAAGUAUGUGAUUUUUACCUUUUUUAACAAAUGUGAAAGAGUCAACUUCAGAAGUUUCAUGGUAGGGAGUUUGACAUUUGUUACAUGUAUAGAAAGGACUAAUAAUCUAUAUUUAUAACUAAAUCAUUGAUACAGAGAAAGACUCCACUGACUGUAUGUUCUUAGCAUUUUUGUCUUUUCUGCCUGUUUCUCCUCAGAUUUGGCUUUAGGAACCAAAAUGAGUUGUUCUUCCGCUUGGACUGCAUGCCUUUGGUGCCGGUCCCUCUCCUUUUGUCCCCUUGGGAACGAGUGUCUGUAUAUGUUGCGAUUUUAGGUAUCGGGUUUUGUUCAAAUCAACCCUUAUUUCGCAUACACCCGGGCAAGUAAUAACCACUGAAUUUUCAGAAUUUAAAACUUAAGAACUGUUUUUCUCUUUAAAAGGAAAAAUAUUUGGGAGUAGCAGAAAGCAAGAGAGAUUUGAACCUUGGUAUUGUAGGCUAGUUGUAGAAAUGAGAUGGCAGUGUUGUAGAGAUGAGGCUCACGGCAGUAAACUGUAAAGAUUAUCUGGUUUACAGUGCUCCCAACCCUUAUGUUUUACUGCAAGAGAUGAAAUAGCAGAGUACAUGGUGUUGGUGUAGUUUAGUUUUUGUUUUUCCAAAUGAAUAUUCAUGUAAAAAACUGGAGAAAGAGACUGCAAUGUGCAUAAUGAUAGUGAUACUUGUUAUUCUAAAGAUUUAAUGAGAGGUCUGUGACCUGUAGCGUUAGCUCUUAGCCUGCCCUCCCCUUCCUGUCUUUUCUCUCUGCUUCUCCUUAUUGCUUUGUUGUUUUGCCUGUGGAGGAGGAAAUUCUAUUCUGCGUUCCUGGGGCCACAGAAGAGGAAGUUCUGUGGUUGGUUCAGGCACCUGUCCCUGCCAUCCCCUUUCAAAAGAACUUGACACGUGCUUGCCAUUCUGCACAGUACAGAUCAUGAGUAAAUAGGUGUGCUCUUUGGGACACUUGGGGAAGGGGUCAGAGUUUCAUUUCCUGUUGUGCCCAUUCAGAUACGAGGAUAAGAAAAGGUCUCUGGGGUCUUCAUAGCAGAAAGGUCUUCAGUGAAACUCCACACUAGAGCACUUAAUGUCCUGUUGUCCUUGUGAUUGCCUUUCUUUCUGGACUGCAUUUGGCCUUCUACAACUGUCACUAAAUUACAGAAACAACUGUAUCUUUCUGCUGGGAAGCUGCAGUGUCUCUUGAGUUGCAGAUGUGAGCAUUGUUUGUAAACGGUUGUCUGGGUAGAUGAUAAUGGUGAUGCUGCCGACAAAGUAGAAAGCCAGCGAGAUGAUGGAACUGGUCAUCUGUCCCAUGACUGCUCAAGAAGGCACUCCAUCCUGUCUUAGAGACCACGGGGGACACGUGCCAAUGCCCCCGCCGCACGCUGUGACUCCACAAGGGCUUUUCCCUCAACAGAAGCAGUUUGGGGUUUGUAUUUACAAUUUCUUGGAUGGUUACUUGGAUGUCCAUUGCUGGCGACGGACUUUGUCAUUCACACAUGACUCCGAGGUUAAGGGAGCUGCACUGUUGUUUAUUCUCUCCUGACCUGGACAAACUAACCUGUAAUAGUUUAAUAGUAAUGGUUAAUUUUGAGAUGUGUCAUUUUUAAACAAAAUAAUCUUUAAAGCAAUAUAGAAUUGUGAUUUAUUAGUUAAUUUUAAAUUAAAAUGUUGAGAUCCUGUUAAAAGACAA